GAAUUCAAAGAUUAGAUAAACAAAAAAAUAUUCUGAAUUUCCUUUAUAAACUAAAAGAUAAAUGGCUUUAAUUUUAUCUUCUUACAUUAAUAAAUAAGUUUAAAGAACAUUCAAAUCGUGACAUUGUCAGUUCCUGUAAGUUAGAUCAUAUUUCCUUCUAGACAGCAUUAAACAUUUGUUGAAAUGAAUACUCCAGACGAUUCAUGUGAUACUCUAAUUGAAGAAGUAGAAAUUGUUGAUUCGCGGGAAAAUCGACAAAAUGUAAACCUUGGAAUUGAGCACAACAAUAUUGUUACAAAAAAUCAAGAUCAAAGAUCAACAGGAGCUAUUCCAAAAUACUCCACUCAAAGUGCCUUAUUGAAACCAAAAUUUGAUUAUAUUCCUCGAAAUUAUCACUCGGUUGUUAAUAUGAUUAAACAAGGAUAUUAUGUUUGUGUGAUUAUGCGAGGUUUGCCUGGAUCGGGAAAGUCUUUUCUAGCUCAUCGAAUUAUCGAGGAUACAAUUGGUCUUGAAAAUGAUCCAGAUAACCAUAUUAUAUCAGCUGAUAAAUAUUUUAUCAAAAGGAACGGAUUUUAUAAAUUCGAACCAGAAAAACUUCCAGAAGCUCAUCAAUUUACUCAAACUUUAUUCACACAGUCAGCAGCAAAUGGACUCAGUCCGAUUAUAGUUGACAACACAAACGUCUGUUAUUGGGAGAUGUAUUAUUACAUGCAAGUUGCUGUCCAAUAUGGUUACCAUAUCGAAAUCAUGGAACCCAACACGCCUUGGAAGUUUUUCGAAGGGAAACUAGCUACCAAAAACCAACAUUCAGUGUCAUAUGAGAAACUAAAGAAAAUGAAAUCAAAUUAUCAAAAUGGCUUAAGUGUCAAUCAACUGUUAAAAUCAAUAAAUCUCGAGCCAGUAAAACAUCCAAAAAUGAGAAAAAAAUUAGCACAAGAGAAAGAAGAAACAAAUUUUUCUGAUCUGAUAACUUUCGAUGAUGAAGCUCCAAAGACUGUCAGUGAAGAAGAGAAAACAUCAAAGGAACAAGAAAGUGAAGAAUUUAAAGAGAUUUCACAAGAAAAGGUUUCAAUUCCUUCAACAACUGAACUUGAAGAGAGUUUCUUAAACAGUUUAAAUGUAAAACCCAAAGAAAAUCUUCAACCUGAAGUUACAAAUUCAUCCCAAAAGCAACAGCAGAAACAGAAUAAGAAUAAACAAGCAGCAGACAUGAAACUCGCACCUCACAAAAGCAAUUGUCCGAAUGAAAAUGCAAGUUUCGCACAAAUUCGUGAACUUUAUCCAAAUGUCAAUGAUUCUUAUCUAUGGGAUUUCUUCGAACGUUGUAAUGGCGAUGCUGACUGGUGCGUUAAUCUUCUAUGUGAUGAAAACUUAACAAAUGAAAUGAAGAGUGGAAAUGAAUUAACUUGCACAUGUUUCACCAUAAAAGAUACUGGAAAUGGAGGGAAAAAAGUGAAAUCAAAUGGUGUUGAAAAGACAAAUGAAAGUAAGAAAGCAAGCAAACAAAUUGAUUUAUCUCAUUGGCUGGAAACAAAGGAAAUGAUUGAGAAAAGUAUCACGAUUGGGAGUGAACAUUACCCUGAUCAUGUCAAUGAAGUAAAAAGCUGGAAAAAAGGACCACAAGAAUCGCUGGGACCACCAAUAAUUAAUGAAUUUCUUCCACCAGAAGAAACCAAAACAAUUUCUCUCCCAAAUUCGCCUGUCGAUAGUGAAGAACUUUACGCACUUCCAAUUGCUGAAAAUUUAAUUUUCGAGCUUGAUGAGCGAUUCGGCGGUGGAAUGUUGAAAAGUAUUAUAAAACCGAAUCACAAAUUUCCACCAAAAAUCUUCAUCACACAAUCAACUGCACAUAAAUUAUAUCUUGAAGUCAUGGAAGCAUUUUAUAGUCAAGAAGCAGAAGAAAAACUGCAAACAUUGAAAGACGAUGAAGAACUUGCAAAGAAACUUCAUGAACAGGAAGAAUCAAAACAAAAUAAAUCAGCGAAACGAAAUGGAAAUUCAAAAACUCUUACCAUUGAAAAUUUCAAAGAAUUUGAAACAAAUUCGCAAUCGAGUCAGUGGAAAAAGCCGGGAAAAGGAAAAGAAGAGUCGGAUGAUGACAUUGCGUUAAGAAUAAGUAAAGAAAAGUUGAUAGAAAUUUUUCCCGAGUUAAACAAGAACGAUUUGAUGGAGAUUUUUGCCGGUACCAACUACAAUUUCAACGACACUGUUGAUAUGAUUCAAGAUUCACUUGGAUGCAAAAAAGAAGAACGAGAACAAAUUGCAGCUUCGCAAAAGAAAAUCUUCAACGCACCAUGGAAAGAAGAAUCAAAGGAAAAUGAUGAAGUUUUGUAUCCGGAUGUUGAAUUUAGUGCAUACACAAGUGAACAUCUCAAGAAGAUCGAAGAACUUCGCCAAGAAGUUAAAGAGUGCAUGGAAGAGCAAAAACUUUUACUUGAGAAAGCAAAAAGUGCACAUUUGAAUAAAAACUUUGAUCUCGCUAUUUAUUUGUCAAACAUGGCAUUGCUUCAAAAACAAAAAGCUGAAGAAGCCAAACAUACAGUGGCAAACAUGAUUGCUGGGAUUCAUGAGAAAACCCAAUCGUCGAACACAACAGUUGAUUUACAUUUCAUGAAUUUAGUGGAAGCUGUCAUCGUUCUCGACACAUUUCUCGAUAAAAACAUUUCACGAUUGCGUGCCAUAAAAAAGCCAUACGAAGAUUUGUUCAUCAUAACUGGUCGUGGUAAUCAUUCACACAACGGAGUCGCUAACAUCAAAAAUAAAACCAAAACCCGAUUAAGAGAAAGAUCAUUAACUUCAACUGAAGCAAAUCCCGGUCUCUUGAAAGUGAAAAUAUUCCGAAAUUCUAAAUUGUCAGCUGAAAUUUAAGCAUUGAAGACGAGAAGCAUCAAAUGACAACUUCAAAGACAUUUGAAUUUAUUUUUUUCUUUUAUUUGUUGACUUUAAUUAUGUAGAUGAUAAGAUUUGGUUUGUGGGAUACCUUGAAAGAUAUUUCAUAAUAUCUGAGUAGUUGUUAAUAGAAGAUUAAAUAAAGAAAAUAUAUUUUUCUUUCCUACACUCAUAAAACGAUAAAUGAAUCAAUGC